UAUCCUGUAACAUUGCAUGCAUAGGGCGAGCCUGUCAUCUGCGGAGUGAUCUGAUGGCUUGUAAUGCUUAAUAGUGGGCUCACAAGUAGUCCCUUUGGACUUUAGUGAUCAGUUAAGGCAUGAUUAUCAAGUUAGUAAUAAGUGGUUAAACGUUCUGAUAUCUAUAAUAUAUACUAACAUGACUGCAUACAUUAUGGCAUGAUGUGAAUAUUAGAAUGCUUUACAGUGUUGGUGGGAAUUGGGGCUUUACAGCUGUGGGUACCACAAGUCCCAGCAUGCCCCUGUCAGGACUUCUUGUUCUGCAAUGGUUGGAGUUUGUUUAAGCUUGCCUUUAAAAGAUGGAGCUGUCCGCUGAAUGUGUAACUAGUAAGGUUCCAGCUGCAGCUGAUCUACCCUUUGCAAUGAUGUAGCAGCAAUGCAUUCUUAGCUCUAUGGCUAUAGAAAUCAUUCAGUCAGAGGUCAUGUUAAUGGGUGCCUGGUGUAGUGAGCAUGGUGGUGAUGAAUGAACUGCGGUUGUUUCAGGGUUGUAGCGAGCAGAAAUAUGAGGACGCUAACCGCCCUUCUAGUUGUGGCCUUUUGUACCCCAUUGGUGGUGUGUAAGCCGGCUCAGGAGAAGAAAGACCGUGUCCACCACGGCAAGGACCUGAGUGACCACCAGCAUGAUGACGACAAGGACUUCCAGUAUGACCACGAAGCGUUCCUGGGCAAGGAAGAAGCCAAGACCUUCGACCAGCUGACGCCAGAAGAGAGCAAAGAGAGGUUGGGGAAGAUAGUUAAUAAGAUAGACAAGGAUAAAGAUGGCUUUGUCACUGGCGAGGAGCUGAGAGAUUGGAUCACACACACCCAGAACCGAUAUAUCUAUGAGAAUGUUAACAAGCAUUGGGCAGAUUACGAUAAAAACAAAGACGAUAAAAUAUCUUGGGAGGAAUACAAGAACACUACUUAUGGGUAUGCAGCAGGAGAAGAUGAGUUCUAUGAUGUCCUUGAUAAGGACAGAUAUAGAAAGAUGAUGAAACGUGAUGAGAGGCGAUUUAAGGUAGCAGACAAAGAUGGUGACUUAAUUGCCACCCGCGAUGAGUUUACAGCCUUCCUGCACCCAGAGGAGUUUGAUUACAUGAAAGACAUUGUGGUCACGGAAACCAUUGAGGACAUAGAUAAGAAUGGAGAUGCAGUAGUAGAUGUUGAUGAAUACAUAGCGGACAUGUACACCCCCGAAACUGAUGAGCCUGAGCCAGAAUGGGUGAAAACUGAGCGCCAGCAGUUCAGGGAUCACCGUGACCUGAAUAAGGAUGGAAAGAUGGACCAUACUGAGAUCAGCCACUGGAUCCAUCCGCAUGAUUAUGACCAUGCCGAUUUGGAGGCCAAGCACCUUAUCUACGAGUCUGACAAAGACAAGGACGAUAAACUAACGAAGAGCGAAAUCUUGGAGAACUGGAAUAUGUUUGUCGGCAGCCAAGCAACAAACUACGGUGAAGACUUGACGAGGCGGCAUGACGAAUUUUGAAACUUGCCUGCGUGCCCCUGGCCGAGCCUAUAUCGCCUCAGCACAUUGCUGGUGCCUUAGAAUUUGAUUCCAGUUGUGGCAAUGAUGACCCCGGGAGAGGAACUGAAGCUGUGUAUUUUUACUUGGAGUGUUUUUUUUUUUUUCCUUGUUUUUUUAUUAACCAGUGUCAAAAGGACUUAUUUGGUGCUCAGGAGGCCGGCCAAUGUCUGCAAGCGUUAUGGAUGUGAGUUCGUGAAGAUGGCGACCGGGAGAGUUAAAGAACCCUUACUCUUGUUUUUUAACUUGUGCCCAUUGUCUGUUUUUUUUGUUUCUAUUUUUGCCAUCUACUCUAAACCAUUACCCCAGAAGCUGUCCUGUGCAUUUAAGUAAAUGAUCAGUGUGUAAUCUUUAAAAUACAACCUAAAUAUGGAGGCCGCACACACUAGCCUAGUCCCUAUGGAAGUUCUUUGUGUUCCGAUAGAUUUGUAUUACUUGCUGAGGUUUGUCGUGUCUCUGGACACAAAGAAAAAAACAUGUUACAUUACAAGUAUGAUCUGAUUGUUUUUCAUAGCAUGUGUAAAAUAUAUAUAGAGCCAUCUGAACAAUGUUAAGGUUUCUUUUUGUCAUGGCAGAAAUGUGCCUAUAAAUAUUGAUAGAGGGUCUGUAGGGUUCUUAUACACACUGGUGCUCAGAGUUCCUUUCAGGUUUCUCAAGCCUAAUACAAUACAUACACUCCAAAUUGCUGUCAGUUCCAGCAACACACUAGAGAACACACGCACAGUCUGCCUGUACACUAGGGGGAGAUGUAUCAAACCAGGACAGGUGAAGUUGCCCAUAGCAAUUUUUUUUAUCUAGUAGAACAAUCUAUAAAAGUAAAUCUGAUUAGUUGCUAUGGGCAGUUUCUUCCAGUCAUAUUUAGAAACAUUGAUACAUCUCCCCUAUAACCAGGCGUGCUUUAACAAGGGGGGGACCUGUGUGCAAAUGUCCCCCCCUCCCCCCCAUAUUAUUUGGCUGCUGCAAACACCGUAAUUUCCGGCAAUGUCUUCUGAAGCCUGGCACCUGCGCAGAAGAUAGCACAGACUCAGAGUGCCAGAGCACGUGAUAGCUUUUGAGCCGGCACUCUACAUAUGACAUUGCUGGGAUAACGCCGCUGCCGACAGCCGAUAAUACAGUCUCUAUCCUGGGUGCAGGGUCACCCAUCACUCACAGACCCAUGUAAACCACUCACCCUCCACCCUUAUGCACCACUGUAUGUAAUCUGUCAUGGAUGCACAGACAGACUACCUGCCACUAGCUCUGUGGCCUGAAUGGGUAGCAAUUAGGAGUGAUGUGCCUAGCCAGUAUCUGUUAUCUCCUGGACAUCCUUGGGAUGUAUUUAAUGUCUGCAUCCCGAAUGAACGCACAGCUGGGUGCUCCACAUAUUAUGCUCAGAUAAAACAUUUCUGUUAAAGUUCCUUAAAUAUGUAUGGUUUAAUAAAGUAAAAUAAAUUGCUUUUGAAA